AUGAAAAAUACUCCAGUGAAUCCUCCAAAAACAAUCAAUAAGUUAGCUAUAGGUUAAGGAAAAAAUCCUUAAAAGAUUUAAAAUACAAAAGCAUAAAUUCCUCCAAUAUAAAUAUUGGCAAAUAAGAGAAUAAACUAAUUCUUCUUGUUUUAAAUUAGCAUUUCAUACUAAAAUAAAUCACUAUUGUAAAGAGAAGAAAGGUAGGAAAUCUUAAAACCCAUCAAGAUUAAACCAAAUAUAGAUUAAUUCAUAGGAUUGUAUAGUAAAUUAAUUUUGUAAGAUUUAAAGUAGAAUGAAAUUACUUGUACUGCAAUCAUCAUAAUAAGAGUAAUCUAUAUCAAAAAAAUGAAGUAUAUGUAGAUCGACAUAAUACAAUAUGAUUAAGAUAUUUCGAUUAGUAUCUCAAAAACGGUUAAGAUUUACUGCUUUGUAGAUUAUUUUACUGAGAAAACAAAAAGAUUUAAAUACUAAAAUUAUAAGAAAAUCAUAAUUAUCAUAUUUAAGAUGAUGUAAGCCAGUGUAUAAUAAAAAUAUUCAUUCACAGCAUUAUUUAAUACGAUUAAAGUGAUAAAAAAAACUGAUUUAACGAAAACAAAAAAUAUUUUCACAAUAAAUCUUCCUGCUAAUUUCAGAACCAAUUUCUAAACUAAAAUAAUCUUUUCAGUUUUUUUAACACUUUAAUUCCUCUCAAUCUUACAAUAUCUUAAAAACAGAAAUAUAUCUAAAGUCAAAGCAGAAAGUAUCAAAUCAAAUAGAAGGUAAGCCCAAAAGUUUCCUAUUAUCUAUUUAGUUCCUUAAUAAUAGUUGCAAUUUUGA